CUUCCUGUUCUGGCGAUAUGGUCAUAGAAUUUUUCUGAAUUAAGAGUCUUCUUCUCAGUCAUUUUGGGCUUUGUACUGAGUUGCCAAUUGACUAUUGGGGAGAAAGACUCGACCUUCAGAAGUGAAUUCGGAAUGCAAAAAAGUUGGAAGCAAAAGACGAGGCCAAUUGACGUAUUGCAUUCCGCGAGAAACACAGUAGAAAGUGGAAGCCAAAAUACCAAGAAAGGAAAGCAGCAAAAGAAUGUGCGGGGAAAAUACCGCCGUAGAAGAUCUGGAGAACAAGGAAAAGAAAAACAAGAGUACGCAUGCUAAUAACACGUAAGGCAUACAACGAAUGGUAAGAGGGCGUAAAUCAAGACGGUAAUGAAAGUCGGAAGAAGGAAUAAAGCGACCCAAUACCAAAUCAUAGGCAUCUUGACGAGCACCAUCAUAAAAGUUGUUUAAGAUGUAUCGCUUAGCAGAAUUAACGAAGUCAUCAAACGCACCUCGACGAGUGCGAACUCCAGUACGGGUAAAAUCAGUCUUUAGAGCACCUGUUCCGGAAUACGCCGUACUAAUGUGGUCAGCAUUGUCAGCCCAAAUACAACAGAAGCUUUUUUCCAAAGGAAGGAUGGAACGAAGAGGAUGGGUAGCGCCAAGUAGACCGCAUUUGCGAAGCUGAUUUGUCAAAACGUGUCGCCCAAUACAGCUUUGAACCACAUUGGUUCGAUCUAGGCAAUCCAUACAGUUGCUGCGGACGACGCUCGUUUGUCUAGAAAGUACUCGAUAUUUUUGCGUGUCGAGGGUAGUAUAUCCUUGCUCGUCCAACUCUGGAAGGAUCUCGUCCAUCAAUAACGAAACACGGUUCCACCGCAUACGGCUGCAUUCCUUAUGAAAGUCAAAAUAGUGAUAAUGGAUGCGAGGAUUAUCGAGACGUCGUACCACAUUUUCAUAAACCUGUUUAACGGGAAGUUCGUGUCCUUUGCAGUUUACCAAGUUUACUAUAAUUUGAUCGCCAUAGAUAGCAAUUUGCUCGUCGAAAUGCUUUUGUGCUGCCUUAGUAGCAAGAGAUGCCGAGUUAGUGAUCAUUCGCGGACGAUAGCGAAGAUUAUUCACUUCUGCCCAGUAGGCCGGGACACUUCCACGAGUUUGAACAUGAGAGUAUGUGAUUUCAGAGCGUUCAUCCGAAACAAUGGUUAUCUGCUCUACUUCAUUGAAGUUGGCAGGAUUUCCAUUUUCAUCAAUCCCUCUUGUAAAAUAACGUGUUCCUGCACGGAAUUUGGAACGGCGAGAAAUAAGUGCUAAAGUGACUGAGCGGCCUUUCACCAUGCAUGUGGAGGAAGUAAUGAAGCCAUAAAUCAUAGGCGUAACGAAUGAGGCAGCUUCUGGGUGCGCCUGGAUCGCUUCAAUAUAUUUUUUGCUGGCAAACUCGUUCCAAAAGAAUCGAUUAUCACUUCUAGAAACAUUCGAAUUCUUGGUUUCCUCUGCACAAGACCGUUGCAAAGAGUUGGUUAGAUCCCAAGUAUAACUAAAGUAAAAAGGUCCUGUUUUCAAAUGGUUUUGAAGCAAAUUGUAUAAAUCUAAUUCAUCUUGGUCGGUCGCAAGUCGCCCCAUGUAAGGAAUCACCUCAAACUUUUCCACGCGAUAAAUUUUGUGGCCCAAAAUCUGAGCAGCGCUAGACCGUUCUGUAGCAAGAAUCAGAUAUUCAUCGUUCUUCAGUUUAAUAGAUCCAAAUAUAGUAACGCUGUUUUCACUUUUGCGGUCUUCGGAAUCCAAUUCCUCUGGCGUAACUUGGAUGCCUCCCGUUGCACGAUCAAUCAACAAGCAACAAUCCUCGCGACGAAGCUUAAAUUGCUUUUCUGUUGCUUCGAACUGCACCAUUUCUUCUUUAUAAUCUCCUUCGAAGAUUCAGUAGGCUUUCCUCCGUGGUUGGUUAAUGGAAGGUCGUAUGUUCACUGUAUCCUAAGGGACCUGAUGGUUAGACGAUCCAAAACUUGCACAAUAACACAGGAAUUGACUUUAUAAAUUAGAGAAGUUAUAAAGAUGUAAAAGCAUCUUCGGUCUGUUGAUUCAAUGGCUUCCUCCUUCUCCCGUUCAAGGGAGUGCACUAUUCUCCUUGCAAGUUUUCAAGAAAAUCAUCGUACGUGGAAAAAAAGAAAAUCUUAUUACACAUAAAAUUAAAACUGAAAUAGUACAAGAAGUUUUCUCUGUUGUUCGUCUGCAAUUUAGUUUCUCCUUGGAUUUUCAACCACCAUCGUUAUUUUCAGUAACCUGUUGAAAUUUCGCUGACCACUACCACGACCUUGCUACAGUGUAAAAAGCACUGGAAAUUAAUGAAACCAGGCAAAUUAAAUUUCCAUUGAUUUCCUGUACUUUGCUUAUUUUUUAAAAGUGAAAAGCACUAGGUUCGGGGUGUUAAUUCACGCGUACUUUGCAUUGUCAUUUUUUCAUCCUUCUUUGGACACUGAAAUUUUGCAUUAUUCGUGUCAAUUCAGUUAAAGAAAGGUUGGAAGCAAAAAGAUAGGUAGGGAAAAUAUCUUUUAGUUGUGGUCGCAUUACAAUUCUCGAUUUAUACUCGUUUUGGUUUUGUUGGAAUUUUAGCACAAUCCGCAUCUUUUUGUAGUCGGGUUCUUUAAAUUAUUAUAAUAAUUAAAACAUCUGUUCUUCCUUUUAUACUUUAAAAGAAAGGAUUCAGAAUUCUAAUCUAUUAUGGAUAUUCAUCGUUGUCGUUUCGUGGAGUAUACUCCUUCUCCCAUCACUGCGCUUGCAUUUUCGCAUCAACUUUCUUCACAGGAUCCCUUGCCCUCAAAUUUACAUUUGGCUGUCGGACGUGCCAACGGAAAUAUUGAGAUAUGGACACCAAAGGGAGACUGGUGCUUAAAGGGGGUCCUUUAUGGUGGUCUGAAUCGAAGCGUUGAAGGACUCGCCUGGAGUGUGAGUGAAGAGGAACUACGAUUAUUUAGUAUUGGAUUUUCUACUUCUAUCACCGAGUGGAAUUUACGAACUGGUAAGCCAUUAGUGCACCAAGAUUCUAAUGCUGGUGCAAUAUGGUCUAUUUCGCUUCACGAGGAAACAAAAACAUUGGCUAUCGGUUGUGACGAUGGUAGCUGUGUUUUAUUUGACAUUAAUGGAGGACGUGGUGUCAUAGAGUAUAAGCGCACAUUGAUGCGACAGACUUCUCGUAUUCUCUCUCUAUGUUGGCAAGGAAAGAACCAUCUUGUCGGAGGAUGUGCAGAUGGAAUAGUAAAAGUUUGGGAUGUCGAAAGUCCAAACUCCACAAUUAUUGCCAGAAUGCAAGUUGACCGCGCUAAGAAAGGCAGUCGUUCACUUGUAUGGGAUGUCAAGUCACUUAACGAUGAUACGAUUGUUACAGCAGAUUCUUCCGGAGCAGUCAAGUUCUGGAACGGAAAAUAUUUUACUCUUACCCAGUCGUUCAAGCUCCAUUCGGCUGAUGCACUGACUUUAGCUGUAUCCAGCAAUGGCAAUAUAGUCUUCUCUUCUGGUAUUGAUCGCAAGACAAUUCAGUAUACCAGAGAUGGUGGCAAGCGUGAAUGGGUAAGCAAUAGCUUCCGGAGAUUUCAUUCUCAUGAUGUUCGCUGUAUGUCCAUCCUUGAAUGCAAAACGGUAGAUGUCCUGGUUUCGGGUGGUACAGACAUGAUGCUUGCAGUUGUGCCUGUUCGCCAAUUUAAUUCAAAGCAUCAUCGAAUGAUACCAGCUGUUCCACAAAAACCUCGUAUGGCAAUUGCUACUAAAGCUAGACUAUUUAUGUUGUGGGAAGAUCAUCAAGUUUUGGUUUGGAGAAUUGGAUCUCCAGGCUACCGUUUCCUUCUGAAAAUUGUUUUACCAAAUGAAGAAAAUAUUGUACAUGCAGCCAUUUCACAAAACGGAGAACUGCUUGCGGUAUCUACUAUUUUGACUACUAAGUUGUAUCGUAUUCAUUAUACAGAUGAAAAGGUUUAUGUGGAAAGUAUUGAAGAUGCGUUUUUGGCCAAUGUUGGCGCUACCUUAUUACAGUUUACAGUUGACAUGAAGAAACUCAUUUUGAUUAGCAACGAGUCUGAUAUUUUCUUGAUUGACUUGAGUCGAAUUGAGACACAUCAGCUUGAAGUGUUUGAGGUCUCUCAACCCGAAACUAAGAAAGCACCUGCUAAAUCCAAAGCAAAUGCUCAAACUGUAUGCGAAGGCAUUGCCACGGUAACUGUUUCACCAGACGGUGAUUACUUUGCUGUUGCUGAUUUGAAUGGAAAUACAUUUUGUUACUCACUUUCGACCUUGUCCUACAUCGAGUUGCCCAGGGUAAAUAGCUUUGUGCGAGCCAUGGCUUUCCGACCAGACGUUGGUGGACGUUUGGCGGUUGUGACCGCAGGCAAUCAAGUUUUUGAGUUUGAUGUUCAAAGCCGAAAGCUGACAGAAUGGUCCAAGGCAAAUUUGAACAAUAUGCCAAAACCAUUCGCACAUCUGUUAGACAAGCCUUUUGGUGCGUUUUUCGAUAUACAAAACCCAAGCCGAUUUUGGAUUUGGUCUGCAAAUUAUGUAUCUUUCUUUGAUUUGAACUUAAAUCUUCCAGCACCUCGAAAUGCUGAAAAGCGCAAAAUGGAGGGAACUGUCGAUGGAGUUUCGUCAACAAAGCAACGUGCUGCUGUUCAGAAUUCCACCGCUACAUCCAAAUUUGGAACAGGAACAUCUAGGUCGUUUUGGAUUACGCAUAAGUAUCGUCCUAUGUUACUGGUUGGCUUGGUUGGAGCAGCCGAGCUUCUCGUAGUUGAGCGGCCGAUAGCCGAUAUGUUAAUGAGCACGGAUGUUCCAGGUACUUUUUACGAGCAUAGAUUUGGCGCUUGAGGAGUUAGUUCUGUUGUAAAAAAAAAAUGGAUAGGGAAAGUUUUCUUGGGUAAGAAAUGAAUAUAUGGACCGGUUAAAGGAAUAAAGGAAAGAAAAAAAAAAGCUCUCACAGAAGCUAAAAAAGCUUGAACUCUGGGUAAAAACUAGUAGGUAUACCCCUGAGAGUAUCUAUUAUUGGUAAGAUGUUAUGAAAGAAUAGAAAAAAUUCCAUGGUUCUUAUAUUGCUACAAUUGAAGUAGAAAAUUUUUUGUUUUCAAGUAUAUUUUAUUAGUAGUAGAGACUUUUGUUCUUUUUUAUAAAAGACUUGGUAUCAG